CGCUACUUUCCAUGGGCAACUGCGCGUGCGCGGUCUACACAUGGAGGCGGCCGUAUUUUACACAAAUAUAAUAGCUGUGUUAAUUUGACUUUUGCCUUUUUAUGUCAAGUAAAUUAUGUUGUUUUGCUAUUAUUCCAUCCAAUCCUUGUUAUAUUGACAGACUUUGUUUUGCAGUAAAACUCUCACAGUCUCUGCACGUCUUUUGUUGUUCAUGUUGAUCAGUUUGUGGUUUAGAUUUGUUUGAUCAGAGAGUGAUCGGGUGAUGGAGGCUCCGCCGGUCACUGUGAUGCCCGUCACGGGUGGAACCAUCAAUAUGAUGGAGUAUCUGCUGCAAGGCAGUGUACUGGACCAGUCUCUGGAGAGUCUCUUACAUCGACUCAGAGGUUUGUGCGAUAACAUGGAGCCCGAGAGCUUUGCUGAUUAUGAGCUUGUGUAUCUCCUGAAGGGUCAACAGGGCAACCCGUUCCUCCUGCGCGCCCGCCGCUCGCUGCUUCACCCCACCGCGCCCUGGCACCUGCGCUACCUGGGCCAGCCUGAGGUGGGCGACAAGAGCCGUCACGCCCUGGUGCGCAACUGCGUGGACGUGGCUGCCUCGCACAGCUUGCCGGAAUUUCUCAACGAGAUGGGCUUCCGCAUGGACCACGAGUUUGUGGCCAAGGGUCAGGUGUUCCGCAAGGGCGCCAUGAAGGUGGUGGUGAGCAAACUGUCCCGCGUGCUGGUGCCCGGAAACACGGAGAACACGGAGCCGCUGUCUCUGUCCUAUCUGGUUGAGCUGAGUGUGCUGGCGCCUGCGGGACAAGACACUGUCUCUGAAGACAUGAGGAGCUUCGCAGAGCAGCUGAAACCUCUGGUGCAUCUGGAGAAGAUCGACCCCAAGAGACUCAUGUAGAUUCAGAGACUUGAUUUCAUUAGAGAUUUCGAUUUAAGAGAGGAUGUUUUUGUGAAGUUAGACCUCAAAUGUAAUUCGUAAUGUUUUUGAGUUUCAUUGUUAUAAGGCUACUUACAAAGUGAUGAAGAUAAUACAAAACAUUUACUUUUGUGCCUAUUUUCUCUAAAUAAAUGAAAAUCAUCCA